CCAAACCUCAACUCUCGAGCCCUGUUUAAAGGUCGGAAGACGUAUUGUAAUUGUUAAUUGUAUGAUUUACAGAUCAUACACUACAAUAGUCAACUACUUAUCUUAAUCGUCUAUUAAAUUUAAUCUUAAUGAUCGAUAUCGAUUUCGCGUAGGUAGCCUAUUCACGAUUUAGUGUCGGUUGAAAAUAUGAGCUCUAACAUGGGCGUCAAUAACUACAUGAAUAUGUUUGUACAACCUCAAAAUGGUGAUAGUUCAUUAAGUAAACGUGAAUCGUCUAGUUCUGAUGCUAAUGACCGCAAGCGGAAGAAAAAAUCGAGAUGGGGUGGAAGUGAAUUGGAGAAGACGUUUAUACCAGGCAUGCCCACAGUACUACCUCAUAAUCUCACUAAAGAACAGGAGGAAGCUUAUAUAUUACAACUACAAAUAGAAGAAAUUGGACGCAAGCUGAGGACAGGAGAACUGGGCAUUCCAUCUAAUCCUGAAGAAAGAUCACCUUCACCAGAACCCAUUUAUAGCAGUGAUGGUAAGCGAAUGAAUACUAGAGAAUAUCGAACUCGUAAGAAGUUGGAAGAAGAACGUCAUAGGCUUAUUCAACGCAUGGCAACAAUAAAUCCUACAUUUAAACCUCCUGCUGAUUAUAAACCUCCUGUUAUUCGUGUUAGUGAUAAAGUAAUGAUACCUCAAGAUGAACAUCCUGAUAUUAAUUUUGUUGGUCUUUUAAUAGGACCACGUGGAAAUACAUUGAAAUCAAUGGAAAAGGAAACUGGUGCAAAAAUUAUUAUCCGUGGUAAAGGUUCUGUUAAAGAAGGAAAAGUUGCCCGUAAAGAUGGACAACCACUACCAGGAGAAGAUGAACCGUUACAUGCUUAUGUAACUGGAAACAAUCCUGAAUACGUUCAAAAAGCUGUGAACAAAAUAAAAGAAAUUAUAAAACAAGGUGUAGAAGUUCCAGAAGGUCAAAAUGAUUUACGGCGAAUGCAACUUAGAGAACUUGCUUUAUUAAAUGGUACACUGAGAGAAAAUGAUGGACCAAGAUGUUCUAACUGUGGUGCUGCUGACCAUAAAUCUUGGAUGUGUCAAGAUAAACCUAAUGUUACUAACAGUAUAUUAUGUACUCAAUGUGGUGGGGCUGGACAUAUUGCAAAAGAUUGUAGAAUGAAAAAUACAGGUGGUGCUAGUUUUCCAGUUAAUCAGGAUAAGAAUAAAAUUGAUGAAGAGUAUAUGUCUUUGAUGGCUGAACUUGGUGAAGGUCCACCACCACCAAAACAAAAUGAUGAUAAUUCCAUGCGUUCUUCUGUUGGAAACAGUAAUGGAGGGUUAUUUAAUAAGCCUCAACCAUUGAAACCACUUAUGUCAAUACCGCCACCUCAUUCGAUACCAAAUUCAUUGCCUCCACCACCCUGGUCAAAUCAACCGAUGAAUGGAGCACCCAUGCCUCCUCCUGGAAUAAAUGUUCCACCUCCCUGGCAAAUGCCACCACCAUCAAAUCAACAAUAUUCUAACAUUCCACCACCACCACCAGCUAAUCAAAAUUUUCAACAACAGAUGCCAUGGGCCAUGCCACCACCUCCACCACCUCCCAACCAACCAACAUCUAUGCCACCUCCAUGGCAACAAGGUCCACCACCUGCACCUCCUGCACCAACAACUGUAUCUGGUAUGUGGCCUCCACCUACUCAACCAUGGCCGAGUCAACAACAACAGCAAGCAAAAAUUCCACCCUCAAUGACACCUCCAACUAUGAUGAUGCCUCCCCCUGAUUUACAAACACUAUUAGCUGUGCCACCUCCGCCGCCACCACCUCCUCCCUCUAAUUAAAUAAUGACAAGAAUUAUGAUAUGAUUAAAUGAAUUAAAUAGAGUUCUCUUUUUGCUUGUAGUUAAAACGUUGUGUUUAAUACAAGUAUUUCUCAAAAACCAUUUUGUAAAAUAAUUUUUAUAUUUUGUUUUUACAUUUAUUUAUGAAUAAAGAUUAGCAUGACCAAUUUUGGGAUUUUGGGAAUUUUAAGUUUUACAGUUUACUUUAUGUACAAUAUAUUUUUCAAACUAAAUAAAAAAAUUUUAAGUGUGAA